AUCGGCGCUCCACUGUACGAAAAUAAUUUUCAAUGUUUAAAUGUUCUUACUUCAAUUGCCGUUUUUCUUAUUGGUAAUUAUGUUAAUCAAAUUAUAUGUGAAGCAAGAAAUAAUGGUGUUUAUCAAGUUUUAUCUGAUUUGAUUUUUGCUAGAUAGUAAAAGGCAUAUUAUUUAUUGAAAAUUUGAAGUCAGCAUCACCGAUUUCACACUUUUUUCCAUUGGGAAUACGAGGUGAUACUCAUGCUGAGUGAAGUACGCAAUGGUAAUAGGAAAGAGAAAAAAAGAAACAAAUGAAAAUCGGAUGGUACAUCAGCACACUGUCCAUUGCCGUGGCGUUCUUCGGACCGGCCCCGAUGGGCUCGAUGCACUACGUGUACAAUCCGCUGCACGCCGCGAGCUACGCAGCGUUCUCGCCGAUAGCGUGGUGUCUCUUUUUUGCCUGGACCGUCUUCACCGCCCACCUGGGCUAUCGAAACUGGGUGAUAGACUUUUUCUCGUGGCGUGGGUUCCGCAUCACCACCAGAAUAUCGUACGCUAUCUACCUGACGCAGUUUCCCAUCUUCUUCUACAACGUUGGCAGAACGCGGUCGCCACAGUAUUUCGAGUUCUGGCCAGCCGUUAUCUUCAACACUAACGAGUACCUGGUCGUGUUUCUCUCAUCCUUCCUGCUGACGGUCCUGUUCGAGACACCGUUCAUCAACGUGAAGAAGCUACUGUUCAGUAACAACCGACACGCGAAGCAGGCGGCAGGCGGCGGCGAUGGCAGCACAAGCGCCACUGAACCAUUGGCAGCGCAUCCUGCAAAACUUGACGCAGCACCGGGUAGUAGUGCUGGAGGAGUAUGUCCCGGCAUGAUGGACGAGAAUGAAAAUAGUCGAUCUAAUGGGUAUUUUGAGUGUGACAAGAGUAAAUUAAAUUGUUAGGCAG